GGCAGGCGGGGCCGCUCGGCGCCGGGGCAAAGGGGGCUCGGGGGGGACGCGGCGCCGGGAAUUCCAGGGCAAAGCCCUCCCUCACCGGCCGGCAGGGAGCGGACCCAGCCCCGGGCCACGGCCCCAGACCCCCGCCCCGCCACUCCCCGCGGCGGAGAGGGCGAGGAAGGGAACACAGGAGCGCUGCCGAUCCCCUCCUCCGGGCGCAGGGGGAGCAGGAGGAAGGGAACGGAGCCGCCGGGGAGUCGCGGCGGCCGGGAGGGAGCCCCGCGGCCCUGCCCAGCGGGAGGGUCCCGGCGGGGCGGAGGAGGUGCCAGCGGCGCGGGGCGGUGGCUGGAUCCUGAAUCCCGCCCCGGGACGCCGAAGUUGCGGCGGGGCGGCGGCCGCCCCUGUCGUCUCUCUCGAUGUCCGUGUAACUCGGCGGCGGCGAGGAGGAGCAGGAGGAGGAGGAGGCAGGAGGGACCCUCCCGCCUCAGCCUCGCUCGCCGCCCCGCUCCGCUCCGGCGGGCUGUUGUGCGAGGGAGACAGACACACACACCCUGCGCCCCGUCCCGCCCCUAACCCCGCAGCCCCGGCAGGCCGGGCCGGGCGCGGUGCCGCCGCCGCCGCCGAUCGCGGCUCGCUGUGUCCGCUGCCUGAGGAAGAGAAGGAGCAGGAGGCGGAGGGAGCGCCCCGGCGGGCAGCGGCGCAGCCAUGAGCGGCGGGGAGGUGGUCUGCUCGGGCUGGCUCCGAAAGUCCCCGCCGGAGAAGAAGUUGAAACGCUACGCAUGGAAGAGAAGGUGGUUUGUGCUUCGGAGCGGCCGCUUAACAGGGGAUCCAGAUGUAUUGGAAUACUACAAAAAUGACCAUGCUAAGAAGCCUAUCCGUAUUAUUGACUUAAAUUUGUGUCAACAAGUGGAUGCUGGAUUAACGUUCAACAAAAAGGAGUUUGAAAACAGCUAUAUUUUUGAUAUCAACACUAUAGACCGAGUUUUCUAUUUGGUAGCAGACAGUGAGGAGGAGAUGAAUAAGUGGGUUCGAUGUAUCUGUGAUAUCUGUGGGUUCAACCCUACAGAUGAGGAUGCUGUGAAGCCAUCAGUUAGUUCUUUACAACCAUCUGCUGAGUUACCCUUGCCCAUCAACACUUCACCACCUUCCAUGCAAGCAGAAUCUUCCCUUCCUUCUCCUUAUCGGCUUAUUAACGUCCCCCCUCUGGAGUCUUCCUCUGGUCAAGAAGAUCCUCAAGACUACUUACUACUAAUAAACUGUCAAAGUAAAAAACCUGAACCUAUGAAUCAAGAGUCACCUUUUGUCUCAGAAGAAGGGCAGGAAUACCUGCUAUUAGAAGACUUUGAAAGUAAAAAGAUUCCGCUGCAAUCUCUUGCUGACUCUGCAAAAUCCAGCUCUUCAGAAACAGACUGCAAUGAUAACCUGCCCUCCCACAAAAACCCUGCUGUGUCAGGGAGCAAGCACGCUGUGAACGGCUUCUUCCCGCAGCAGGGCGUCUACGAUUCCCCAUCCUCCCGCUCCGCGCUGACGCUGGUGGACUCCAGCCUGUACAACCUGCCCAGGAGUUACUCCCAGGAUGUUUUGCCCAAGGCAGCGUCUCCAUCUGGAACUGAUGGUGAAGGAGAGCAACAUGUUUUCACUACCCCGUCAGCAACGUCAUUAGACGCACAAAUGAGGCACAUCUCCAUUAGCUAUGAUAUUCCCCCCACACCCGGAGGUACUUAUCAGAUCCCACGAACUUUCCCGGAGGGAACGUUGUCUCAGACUGCAAAACUGGAGACUAUUCCAGACAUCCCUCCACCUCGGCCACCCAAACCUCACCAGACAGCAGAUCGAUCUCCUGUGGAAACCUGCAGCAUCAGUCGCACGGCUUCAGACACUGACAGCAGCUACUGCAUCCCCGCUGCAGGAGUGCCGCCCUCGCGCAGCAACACCAUUUCAACGGGAGAUCUGAAUGUCUUCCGGAAAGAAAUUAGUUCUCAAGAUUGUUAUGAUAUUCCACGAACGUUUCCGAAUGACAGAUCUAAUUCAUUGGAGGGCUUCCAUAACCACUUUAAAAACAGAAGCAUGUUGACAAUGGGAAGUGUUUCAAGUGAAGAACUAGAUGAAAAUUAUGUCCCAAUGAAUCCCAACUCUCCUCCACGACAGCAUUCCAGCAGCUUCACUGAACCCAUCCAGGAAACAAACUAUGUACCAAUGAUACCUGGCACAUUUGAUUUUCCAUUGUUUGGAAAGCAAGUCCCUCCUCCUGCUCACAUGGGUUUCAGGUCCAGCCCAAAGACCCCUCCCAGACGGUCGGUACCUGCUGCAGAAUGUGAGCCACCGCCAGUGGACCGGAACCUCAAACCAGACAGAAAAGGUCAAAGUCCUAAAAUUUUAAGACCUAAACCACAUGGUUUAGAGCGAACUGAUUCACAAACCAUAGGUGACUUUACUACAAGAAGAAAGGCAAAACCAGCUCCACUAGAAAUAAAACCUCUGCCUGAAUGGGAAGAAUUACAAGCUCCAGUUAGAUCUCCUAUCACCAGAAGCUUUGCACGAGACUCCUCCAGGUUUCCCGUGUCUCCCAGACCGGAUUCAGUUCAUAGCACAACUUCCAGCAGUGACUCGCACGACAGUGAAGAGAAUUAUGUAUCCAUGAACCCAAAUCAGUCCACUGAAGACCCAAAUUUGUUUGGAAGCAACAGCCUUGAUGGAGGAAGCAGCCCUAUGGUAAAACCUAAAGGAGAUAAACAAGUGGAAUAUUUAGAUCUGGACCUAGAUUCGGGAAAGUCUACGCCACCUCGUAAGAAAAAGAACAGUGGCUCAGGCAGCAGCGUGGCAGACGAGAGGGUUGAUUAUGUUGUGGUGGACCAGCAGAAAACGCUGGCCCUGAAGAGCACGCGGGAGGCAUGGACUGAUGGCAGACAGUCUACGGAGUCCGAGACUCCCACGAAAAGUGUGAAGUGAAAACACUGCUUUGUCUUUGAAGAAUGGAAAGAAGUGAAUUUUGAAGAAUCACAGAACCACAAUGGCAGUGUUGUUCAGCUGUACAGUGCCUGAUUCCCUGGGGUGGGAAUCAGUUCCUCACCGAAUGGGUUGGAAGCCAAAAGACACUUUGAAUAUAUCAAAGGAACUUUAAGAUCAUGAAUUGGCUCUGUGGUGUCUGGGAAAAUCACAGCCUGUAAAUAACCUGUAAAAUAAUAUUACUUAGGUUUCAGAAAACCUUUUAUUCUGUAGUUAAAACAUUUGUAGUAUUACUGUGUUUAUGCACUUUUUCAGUUACAUUGUUGGGUCAGGUAUUCACAGUUAGUGUACCUUAAUGUCUAAUUCAUCUGGAGAAUUCUUUUUUCCUUACACUACUAUUCCUCACAAUUUUAGGUUAAUUAAGCUACAUGUAGAUAUGGAAAUUAAUAUUUGAACUUCAUUUUAACAACUCAGAAUUGAUUUUGCAGAAAUACUUUCACAAUUGAAUAAUCUACUUGAAAUGCCAAGAGACAACUGUUAGUUACAUACUUGUUUAUAUUUAAUACAUGCAAGAUUAUUUGGAAGUCUACAGGCUACCUUCCUAACAAAAAAUUGCUGUGAGUUAAUAAUAAUGAACUGUACUGGGUUUAGACCUAAAAUCCUGGCUUAUAUGUUAGUUGUUAGUGGUGGAACUUCUAUUGUAUUUUAUUAAUGACAGUGUUCUGUGUUCAAUGGGUGAAGAUUCUGCAGGGUGGGAUCUUACACUUUCAAAGACUGAAUAAUUAAAUGUCAAGUAAGCCUGCAAACCACUGAUGGCAUGUAGUAAUAUUGUGAUCUCACACUUAUUAACAAGAAAUAACCUUUAUAUUAUUUACAGAAGGUAGAGUAUAUAAAUCAGGUACGUACCAAGCACUGUUGUGCUAAUACACUGAUCAGGUUUAGACAAUGAGCUUUAGUUUUGUACUGUUUAGAAGUUCUAAUGUCAGUUUUCAGUUCAAGAUUAAUGGGACAGUUUGACAUUCACUUUUUGUAGUACUAGCAAAAUACUGUGAUUUUGAAUUAGACAUUAACUCAAAUGGAAAUACUAUGUUUUAACACCAUAGUGCCCUUCUUAUGAGCUCUGUAUUACUUUAAUCUCCUGCUUGGCCUUAUAUUUAAAUCCCUAUGCAACUGAUAUUUUAUAUCUCUGUUUUUAAAAAUUAGAUAAUAUACCUAAAUGAUCCCCUUGUAAACCACUUGUUGCUCUUUCCUGGUACAGGAUUUUAAACUUUGUAUACUGUGAUCCUUUAUUUUACUAUGCCAGUUCCAAAUAAUAAUCUGCCUUGGUUUAGAAACAUUUUUUGUUAUUUGGAAGAAGAUAGAGUUCUUUAAAUACAUGAAUGAGUUAGGUCUAGAUAGAAAACUUACUAACACUUAUUUUAUACAAAUGCCCUCAAUUAAGUGGUUGGUUUUGUUUUCCUGCCCAAUUGGGGUUUUUUUGUCCAGAUCAUUUAAAAGUUGAGCUUAAAGCUGCAUUGUUUUCUGGAAUGUUUGCCUUCGUACUGUGCCUAAUCUACCAUUGGUUGUUUCUCUCCCCUCACAGCCACAAUCUGCCAUAUGUAAAUUAUCUUGUUCUUAACAAAGGUUCUUUUUAAAUUAGUAAUAUUUUGAUGCUUUGAAUGUUCAUUUUAAAAAAGAAACUAAACACAGUGCAUUUUGAGGUGAAUUUUAAAUAAAUCAAGUUGUUCUGUU